AUGAAAAACAACCCUGACUUAGAGAAAGACUAUAUAUUUAAUAAUUUAGUCAAAAGAGACAAACAAGAAAGAAUGCCGGGCUUCAAACUUCAGAAAGGUGACAAAGUAAAAAUAGAAAUACCUAAACGCGACCCAUAUGAAAAUACUAUUGACUAUGACAACAAUGGGAACCCGACAGGUACUCACAUUCGUGUUCGUAAAAAUAGAAGAAAGUAUACAAGAGAAUAUUAUGAAGUUUUAGGCAAACAUGGCAAAAUGUACACACUGCAAGCAGAAGAUAAAACUACUAUUGUCAGACCUCGUUUCAAACUUGUCAAAGUUCAAGGUGGUAUACUUUCAAAGACAGUUCCUAACAAAUAUAAGACAACUCCUGACGAAUAUGCUAAAGAAGUUGAAAAUGACGACUAA